CUCUCUGCUCCCGAUGGCUGCUUCUGGCGGAAGCUUCAGCGAGACCCUCAUCUUUCUCACGGCCCAUCUCUUUUCAUCCGUCACUGUGUGAAGUGUUCUCCAGGACCACCAUUCCCACCAUCCACCCCACAUACUCUCCCCAUGAACGCAUCAUUUAUAUAAUCCAGCCUCCUUCUUCUUUCUCUGCAGGACUCCUACGUUACCGAACGCAGCCUGAAUGACAGAGACCGCAGAUACCCCUGCCCUCCUUCGAGAGGCUCUUGGAAAGGCAUGGCGUCCGUCUCACCGCCCGGCAUCCUCCUCUUCUUCCUGUAUCUGCACCGAGGGGUAGAAGCCCAGCAGAGCACACAACCUCAUUCCAUUAAAAUAGACGGGGACAUCACUUUGGGGGGACUCUUUCCUGUUCACGCCAAGGGCCCCGCAGGAGUCCCAUGUGGAGAAGUCAAGAAGGAAGCAGGCGUGCACCGAAUGGAGGCCAUGCUGUAUGCCUUGGAUCAAAUCAAUGGAGACCCUGAGCUCCUGCCGAAUCUGACACUGGGAGCUCGCAUUCUGGACACGUGCUCACGGGACACCUACGCCUUGGAGCAGUCACUCACCUUCGUGCAAGCCUUGAUUCAGAAGGAUACCUCUGACAUUCGCUGUUCCAACGGAGAGCCCCCCAUCCUUAGCCGGCCUGAGAGGGUGGUGGGUGUGAUCGGAGCGUCCGCCAGCUCUGUCUCCAUCAUGGUGGCCAACGUGCUGAGGCUGUUUGCUAUUCCGCAGAUAAGUUACGCCUCGACGGCGCCCGAGCUCAGCGACAAUAAUCGAUACGACUUCUUUUCCCGUGUGGUGCCGCCGGAUUCCUACCAGGCACAGGCCAUGGUGGACAUUGUGAAAGCCCUGGGGUGGAAUUACGUGUCUACGCUGGCAUCCGAGGGGAAUUACGGGGAGAGUGGAGUGGAAGCUUUUAUUCAGAUCUCGCGGGAAGCCGGCGGCGUGUGCAUCGCACAGUCCAUCAAGAUCCCGAGGGAGCCGCGUCCAGGAGAGUUCGAUAAGGUGAUCCGGAGGCUCCUGGAGACGCCCAACGCACGCGGCAUCAUCAUCUUCGCCACGGAGGAUGAUAUCAAGCGUGUUUUGGAGGCGGCCCAGCGAGCCAAUCAAACUGGUCACUUCUUGUGGGUGGGCUCUGACAGCUGGGGUUCCAAAACAUCCCCCGUCUUGCGACUGGAGGAGGUGGCAGAGGGCGCCGUGACCAUCCUACCUAAGAGAGCGUCGAUAGAUGGGUUCGACCAGUAUUUCACCAGCCGGACCUUGGAGAAUAAUCGCCGCAACAUCUGGUUCGCCGAGUUUUGGGAGGACGACUUCAAAUGUAAACUGACCAGAUCGGCAGCCCAGUCCGAGGAGGCGAGACGCAAGUGCACAGGAGAGGAGAGGAUAGGGAAGGACUCUCCCUAUGAGCAGGAGGGGAAGGUGCAGUUUGUGAUUGAUGCGGUCUACGCGAUGGCCUACGCGUUACACAACAUGCACAUGGACCUGUGCGAGGGUAGCCUUGGGGUCUGCGAUAAGAUGGAUCCUAUGGACGGGCGACUUCUCCUUCAGUAUAUCCGCAGAGUCAAUUUCAACGGAAGCGCGGGGACGCCCGUGAUGUUCAACGAGAACGGCGAUGCCCCCGGCCGCUACGACAUAUUCCAGUAUCAGACGACCAACGAUUCCGUCCCUUCGUACCGCGUGAUCGGACAGUGGACAGAAUAUCUUCGACUUAAUAUUGAGGAGAUGCAGUGGUCGGGUGGUCAGUCGGACAUCCCGUCUUCUGUCUGCAGCCUUCCCUGCCACCCCGGGGAGAGGAAGAAGAUGGUGAAGGGGGUGUCCUGCUGCUGGCACUGCGAGCUGUGCGACGGAUACCAGUACCAGUUUGAUGAUUUUAAUUGCCAGGCCUGUCCCUUUGACAUGAGACCCAACCCCAACCGCACCGCCUGCCGCCCCACGCCCAUUGUCAAGCUGGAGUGGCACUCGCCCUGGGCCAUUCUGCCUCUCUUCUUGGCCAUUUUGGGCAUUCUGAGCACUCUGUUUGUGGUGGGAACUCUAGUGCGUUUUAACGACACCCCCAUUGUGAGGGCGUCCGGCCGGGAACUGAGCUACGUGCUGCUCACCGGGAUCUUUUUGAUGUACGCCGUUACUUUCUUGAUGAUGGCCGAGCCCGGAGUGGCCGUGUGUGCCCUGCGGAGGCUUUUCCUGGGACUGGGGAUGUGUAUCUCCUACGCCGCGCUUCUCACCAAAACAAACAGGAUCUAUCGGAUCUUCGAGCAGGGCAAGCGCUCCGUGACUCCCCCGCGCUUCAUCAGUCCCGGCUCUCAGCUGGCCAUCACGUUCAGCCUCAUCUGCGUUCAGCUGGUGGGAACGGCCAUCUGGCUGGCGGUGCUGCCCCCGCACAGCGUCAUUGACUAUGAAGAGCAGCGCACCCCGAACCCAGAGUCAGCCCGGGGGGUCCUGAAAUGCGACAUGUCGGACUUGUCUUUGGUCAGCUGUCUGAUGUACUCCAUCCUGCUCAUGGUUACGUGCACGGUGUACGCGGUAAAAGCGCGGGGGGUGCCGGAAAACUUCAACGAGGCCAAACCCAUCGGCUUCACCAUGUACACCACCUGCAUCGUUUGGCUGGCGUUUGUCCCCAUCUUCUUCGGGACCGCGCAAUCCGCAGAGAAGAUCUACAUCCAAACCACCACGCUGACCGUGUCCAUGAGCCUGAGCGCGUCCGUCUCUCUGGGGAUGCUCUAUGUGCCCAAGGUGUACGUCAUCCUCUUCCACCCGGAGCAGAAUGUGCAGAAACGCAAGAGGAGCUUUAAAGCCGUGGCCACGGCGGCCACCAUGUCUACGAGGCUGUCGCAGAAAAACAGCGAGCGCCAGAACGGGGAAAGCAAGGCCGCCGAGAAGAGUUUGCCUGAGAGCAAGUGAC